AUGGAUGCCUUCGUCAAGUCUCGGGAAACCCGACCUCAGUUGCUUCAGAGUCUCUUGGCAGCUCUUCCGCCGCUGGACCCCUCUCUCGAAGAGUUCCGCGACGCCGCAACUCUCCCCGAUGGCUACAAGAUCGACCUCCAGAUCGUCCGGCCGCGUGGUGUCAAUGAAAGUAACGGAGGGCGGCCUUUGAUACUGCUGUGGCCCGGUGGAGGUUUCAUCGUCGCCGGUGUCGAGCCCACGACUCGCCCUGCCCGGGAGUGCGCGCUUGAGUUCGGUGCGGUCGUCGUCAACGCUACCUACCGUCUGGCUCCCGAAAAUAAGUUUCCACGAUCUGUAAAGAAUGCUUACGAGACGGCUGUUUGGCUUUCGAAGAAUGCCGGCCGGUAUGGCGCGGACAUUAGCAAGGGCUGGGUGGUUGGUGGUUUCUCGGCAGGAGGCAACAUUGCUUCGGUCGUCAGCCAGCGGUCAGCAGUGGAGGGCUUGGGGAUCACCGGCACUUUCUUGGGCAUCCCGCUCGUGAUGGUCAAGGAAAUCGUUCCUGAGAAGUAUGCGGCAGAGUGGGUUUCUCGGGAGGAGAACGCCACCUGGAACCCGGCGUUUACCACCACAAUCAUCGAAGAUGUACAGAGAGGCCUGGAACCGGACAUCAAGUCGCCGUGGUACUCGCCUCUCAACGACCCCGAGGCGAUACCAAAGUGCCCCAAGACCUACAUCCAGGUUGGGGACCGGGAUCCGCUGAGGGACGAUGGUUUGAUCUAUGCAAAGAUAUUGAAGGACAACGGGGUUGAGGCAAGAGUUGAUAAUUACCCGAACUGGGGACAUCAGGGUUGGUCCAUUUUUGCUCCCGCCGACACACCUGCGGAUUUGGGCCCCAACACGAUGAAGGGACUGAGAUGGCUUAUGGGUAGGGAGUAG